UGAAAUGGAUUAACUGUAAAGGAGGUGUUUUGACAGUUGUUGUAGUUUAAGCUACAUCAGCCAACCUGGAUGCGCGCGCCUCUUGGUAGCGGAAGUCCUGUGUAGUAGUUGCUGUUGAUAACUUCCUUACCUGAAGCUAAACACCGAAACCAGACUGUUAUACUGUAAAAUGACGGGUUGUUGUGUGUCUGGCUGUUCAAAUCAGCAAUCCUCGAACAGGGCAGUUAAAUUUUACAGGAUUUCGUCUGGGUAUUCGACGUGUCAGGCCAACAGGAGACGGUUGUGGCUGAAGGCGAUCCAACAAGUGAACGGGAGCAGCGAUGGACUCAGGGGAAGUGCUCGUGUUUGUGGCGCUCACUUCAUAUCAGGAGAAGCGUCCAUGGAUCCUGAAAACCCUGACUUUGUGCCCUCCAUCUUUAAGUGCACCAAACAAAACCAGAAGAGAAAAGUGAAGAGGUUUAUGGGUCGCAGAAAAAGGAGGCCCCUUAGAGCUAAAGCUGAAACAGGAGACACAACAACUCAACCAGGAGCUGGUUCUCCUGCUGACCACCAGUCCACUGAAGUUAUUGAAGAAGCAGAGACACCAGUGUCAGUGCCAAAGGAAGAAGAAACAUUGACUAAAGAGGCUGAGACUGAAACCAAAAUGACCCUACCAUCAUGUGAAGCCAUGACAGUCGUCCUAGUACUAGACAAAAAGAUUCCCGUUCUGCUCCUCAAACGUGUUUUCACACCAGCAUUGGGGUAUCGUUGUCAGCUGUGUGAUCAGAACUUCAGCACUCUGUCUCAGCUUUUAAAAGACGAACAGCUGCACCAAGAAGGAAAAGAAGCCUGCAAUGAUGAAAGUUGUGAACAGCUCUUCACAAGUCAGGACGAUUUCGACGAGCUCCCGCAAGUCCAAGAGCCCUCCUUUCCAUGCAACAUUUGUGACCGAACUUUCACUUCAACUCAUCACCUCAAGCGUCACAAACUGCUGCAUGUCAAAGACGGCAGGAAGUGCAACAUGUGUGGAGUGCUCUUCUGCCAACGUCAUAAUCAUGUUUUAUAUCUGCCACAGACUGAGGCUUCAAUUGAGAUUGAAGAAGAGUCCCCCAUCGUGGAGACAGAAAAUACUCUGAUGGAAAGCCCAGAAUCAAACCAGAUACCGGACCCUGAUAAGCCUAGUCAGAGCACCGUGACCGUAACACCGCUGUCAACAACAUCUCCACAGAUUUUGCCUUCUUCACCCAAACCUUCUCGACCUUUUAUUAAGAUCCUUAAGCCCCUUCCUCACCCCUCAUACACUAGAGUCUUGACAGAAAUUCCGUUACCAGUGUUACCACUGUUACAAAAACCUGUCUGUGAAUCUUACCAAAUACCCAAGAACCCAAGUCCCUCCACUGAGUUUAAGCAGACCCUGCCCUACCGCCUGCGAGCCGUCAGUCAGCCCAGCUUACUCGAUGACAUAGAACUCCCUCCGUCACUACAGAUGUUCUCACCAAAGUUUCUCACCUCACCAUUCUUCGAAGUGACUAGAAAUUAUGGAUAUAUUUUAAGCAAACAAAGAGGUGUCAAGAAAAAGAUGGAGGAAAAAUGUGAGGAGCCACCGAUUUCUUUAGAGAAGCAAAGAGUUGAGCCAGAUAUAGAGGACAUCAACUCUUUUAACCUGGACGUUGUCUUCUGAAUGUACAAGACCAUUUCUAUAAGAGUUGGAACGCUUUGUAAAAGGUUGAUAAUGGUUUGCAAAUUAUUGAAGGUCUAUCUAAUUGAAAAUAGUGCAAAGGCGACAGAUGUGAACAUUUUAAAAAUGUUCUUGUUUCUACAAAAAUAUGCUUACUUUAAAUCUGAUGCUAACAACACAUUUGAGGCAGAGACAACAAAACUCUGAAAUGUUGUGUAAUGCACACAAAAAAAAAACACCAGUAAGAACAUCUUCCAACUAAUUUAAUUAAUUUGCAAGAGGUUAGUAACAUGACUAGGUAUAAAAUGGGCAUUCAAGAGAGGCUGAGUCUCUGAGAAUCAAAGCUGUGAAGAGGUUCACCACUCCGUAAGAGACUGGGUGAGGACACAGUUCAGCAAUUAGUGUGUAACUAAAAUUUCAGUGCAUACUAACAGGAAAAGAUUCAGCGAAUCUGGACAAAUCUCUGCUCAAAAGUGACAAGGUAAAUAACUGAUGUUAGAUGGCUGUGACCUUCGGGCCUUUCGGCUGCACUGUAUCACAAACAGGCAUGACUCUGCAGUGGAAAUCACUGCAUGGGCUCAAAAUCGAAUACAAAAACUAUCAUCCAUGAACAUCGUUUGCCACUGCAAUCACUGAUGCAGGUUAAAACUAUCAUGUUAAGAGAAAAAUAUAUAUCACCAUAAUCCAGAAAUGCCUGUGACUUCUGUGGACUUGUUGUUCUGUGGUCUGACAAAUUGAAAUUUAACAUUCUUUCUGGAAAUCUUUGAUGCUGCUUCCUCUGCUUGUUAUCAGUGCACAGUUAAAAGUGGGGUUGCAUAGGUACCCAUAGCAUGGGCAGCUGACACAUCUAGGAGGGCACCAUUAAUGCUAAAUGCUCUUUUCAGGGAAGACCUUUCAUAACAUAGCAAGACUUUGAAAAUUGUUGCUAGCAUCAAAUUUGUAAAAUGAGUAUAUAUUACAGAAAACAAUCUCAUUUUUCAGUUUCAACAUUUAAUUUGUUGCACAAUUUUCAAUUAAAUACAGGCUGUAAAUGAGCAAACCAUCAAAUUCAGUUUUUAUCAACAUCAUGUGCAGCCUCCAAACUGUUAUGGUGUUGGGUUGUAACUGGAAGUCUGUGUUAAAACAGUGCCUGAGUCUUUUACUUUCAUUCACUUUAAUUUAACUCAGCUGUGUGUUACCUCCUGUGAAAAUAGUUAAAGCUCCUGUGAGGAACUUUAAGUUUGUGUAGACUUUGGCGCUGCCUCAUGAGUCUUUACAAUGUAGAAUGUGAAGAUAAUCACUUCAUCUGACACCUGUUAUUUUCAGACACUAUUAAUGACAACAAUAAUUAUUUUUUUUCUUGGACUUGUUUGCUUCAGUGGAGUCAUUAUUCAUUUCAGUGUGUUUCAUAACCAAUUAAAAACUCCUCACAGGAGCUUUAAAGAUGAAUCUUAAUAACCCUACUCAUACAGGGUCAAAGUGAUUGAAGAUUUGUUGAAGAACAGCUACUAACAAAUGGACCUCAAACACACAUUGUUGGUGCAUUUGAUGGACAUCAAGCUACAACAAGAUUUGACUUUGGACUCAGUAUUGCAGACUUUUUGCUGCUCUUUGGAUGAAGUAACUAUGAAUGUAUUGCACCACACCUCUGUUCCUGUUGUCUUUGUCAGUCCCAGUCUGGUUCAGCAAAGCUUUGUACUUUAACCACAGUGCCUUGAUUCAUUAUGCAGCCUUUUGAUGCUGUCACAUCAUAAUCCCCUAAUUUCAUUUUUCAUUGUUUCUGGGGGAAGAUGAAACUGUUUUGGGAGUUAGAGAGAUCAUUUUAGAGAUCUUGAUUUUGAAACUUUGCUAUGAACAAACUUUAUUUGUAUCCCUUCUACCUCACCCAUCUGGAACCACACAGAUGAUGCUUCUUCUCUUUUAUGGAAAUGUGUUUUAGUUUUUCUGUUUGUAUAAAAACUUGCCAUAGUUGCCUUGGUAUCUGGAAUAUGUGAGUAUUGAAGUCUGGAGUUGGAUUUUUCUGUACUUAAAUCGGAGGUGACAGAUUUCAUGGUGGUGUAUUCAGAGAGGAAACUACCUGUCAGGAACGUUUUCUCUUUCCUGACUAUGAAAGGAUAUAACCUGCUGAGCAAUGGUGAAGCUGGACGAGAGCUCCCUCCCUGCUGUAGAGCUGCUGUAGCCAACACUGACCCUUUAAAAUGUGUGAAAGGAGAUAAGUCAUAACGUAUUAACAUGACUGUGUGGACUCAAAACACUAUAUUCUAAGUUUCUGAAUAAAAAUGAUUAACCUUGAA